ACUCGUUUCUAUUGAUUGCAGAGAAUUGCUGCUGCAUCUGGCUGUGAAAAAUCCAGUUCUGCUGCUCUGGUUGAAUGCUUAAGAGGAAAAACAGAGGAAGAGAUAGAACAGAUAACUCUAAAAAUGCCAGCUAUGUUCAUCGGUUCAUGUGUGGAUGGUGUAUUUUUUCCAAAGAGUCCCAGGCAAUUACUGUCUGAAAAAGCAAUCAGUGCAAUCCCAUAUAUAGUAGGAAUCACUAACAGUGAAUUUGGAUGGGGCCUUCCUAAAGUAAUGAAAUUUCCUGAUUUUACAGACGGUCUGGACAAAGAAGUUGCGUAUCAAGUGUUAAAGAACAUAUUAGAGUCAUCAUUUGAGGGUUUUACUUCAGACAUCAUUGACCUUGUAUUCAAUGAAUACAUAGGGAAAGCAGAGAGCCGUGCUCAGGUGCGAGAUGGCCUUCUUGAUGCAAUAGGAGAUCACUUGUUUGUUUUGUCUGCCAUUGAAGUGGCUAGAUACCAUAGAGAUGCUGGCCACCCAGUCUACUUCUAUGAAUUUCAACAUCGACCAAGCUCAGCCUCAGGUGUCGUACCAGAGUUUGUAAAAGCAGAUCAUGGAAGUGAGAUUGCCUUUGUCUUUGGAAAGCCAUUCUUAGCUGGGAAUGCUACAGAAGAAGAAAAUAAACUUAGCAGAACUGUUAUGAAGUACUGGACUAACUUUGCUAGAAACGGAAAUCCCAAUGGGGAAGGCUUGGUACAUUGGCCUCAGUAUGAUCUGGAUGAAAGAUACCUGGAAAUAGACCUCAUACAAAAGGCAGCAAAGAAACUGAAAGAAGACAAAAUGGAGUUUUGGGUACAGCUCACAAAACAGAUGAGAAGUGAAAGAAGGAGAGAACACACAGAUUUGUGAGAGCUGCAGGGGAUACAUUUUCCUUUUACAAUCUGAAGUCAAAAUUAAUUUGUCAGAAUGCAGAUUUUAACCUUGACUUUCUAACUCACUAAUAUGUAAAUUUUUGUCAUGAUCCCAAUGAAAAGAGAGUAUCAGGGGAAGUGCAAAAUGCUCACGGAAAUAAAAAUCAAUGAUGAAGGGAGCAGGUAAAAAUAAACAAUCCUUCAAGCUCAAACAGACUACUAUCUUCUCAGUGGAUAUCAAAAUUGAAUGGUGUUCCUUUGAAUAGGGAGAAGAUGGGGAAUAUUAUUAAAUACAUUGAAAUCGAUAAGAAGUUAUUCAGAAUAUAUCAUAGGUGUCAAAAUAUAUUGUAUAUUCAUUCCACUCUUUUUAUCAAGAAGAUUAAGUCUGACACUGCUAUCACCUCUUUCCAGUUACUUUUAGUGGAAAUAGCUUGAGAGGAGGAUAGCAUCCAUCAAAAAGUGCCGUGAGAUCACAUGUGUUUUCCUCUUCUGUAAAUUGUUACACAUACAUUGUACUUCUGAUUUUUGGAAUAUAUUUUCUUUCACAUAAUUUAGACUGAUUCCAAGAGAGUGUUUUCAAAGGCACUAUCAAGUCUGAACAAAGAAAUUCUAUUAAAGUGCAAACUGAUAA